GAAGGCGGCAGAGCGCGGUGGGUAGGCGUGUUUGACACAGACGACGUGAGAUAAUCAAACAUCGACCCGGCCUGAAACUAGGGCUAAAGUCUUUUUGACGGUUUGAUCCUUCUGAUGGAGAGUGACUGAAGGAAGUCUCUAAGUACUCGAAGUAAUACAGAUGGUGAUUUGCUGAUCAUAGAGAGCUGGGUGAAUUAAACCAGGAAGAGCAGCCAGAAUGAACAAGAAGAGCGCAACCAAACAAACAGGAAAGAGAUGGGUCCACCCACCGGCGUCGCUGACAAACGGCCAUGUUGUCUACAACGUCAAGCUUCUCGGGAACACAGAAGUGGACCAACCAAAGGGUGCUGACGUAGUCCGGGAAGCUGUCCGCAAACUCAAGCAAGACACUCAAGGACUCUCUCGGAUGCUUCAAUUUGCCAAGCAGCUGAAGCGAGCGGAGGGUGAGAAACCACCGAAGGUGGAGCUGACUAUCUCUUCGAUGGGUCUUACUCUCCAAGACAGGAACACCAAGGCAAGACUGCAAACAGUCCCCUUGCAUCGCAUCUCGUACUGCGCGGACGACAAGCAGGACAAGAGAAUAUGUGCCUUCAUCUGCAAGCUGGACACGUCCAACAAGAACACCUGCUUUGUCAUGGACAGUGAAAAGUGUGCAGAGGAGAUAACACUCACAGUGGGCCAAGCCUUUGACUUGGCCUACCAGCAUUUCAUGCAGACGUCCGGUAAAAAUAUAGGCUCCCAGAUACACGCCUUGCAGAAAAAGGUGCGUGAAUUGGAGACCGAGAACACCAAGCUGAGGAUGCGGAUCAUUGAGCUGGAGGCGCGGCAAGGACAGCAGCCACCGCCUUACAGCGAGUCCAACACAGACUCACCAUCAGCAGCAGGAGCCUCUCCUCAACCAACACUACUUAAGGAUCUGAUGGGUUCUCCCACCGCGCUGCAGCCACAGGCCAAUCCCUUCCAGUUUCAAAACACACCCCCUCCGGCCGGGGCUGUUCCACCUUAUGCCUCUCCUCCCACCGCUGCCGUCGCUUCGAUGGGAGCCCAAGCUGCUUUUCCAACAGGCACUUCACCCAUUGGUGGGGCGACCAAUGGCGUCACUUCCAGUGAGACAGUCCAGAGUCCGGGAAUAGCACGAGAUCGCCCUCCGUCUCUGGGCACCAGGGGCAGACCUCGCUCUUUCACUGUGCCUGCAUGUAUUGCUCUGACUCCUGUACCAACAGGAACAUCUGUGGCAAGUAGACCAAGACCACAUGGCGUUGCAUCGCCCAGCAGCCAAGACUCGGCCCUGCCCAGUUUGGCCCCGCCCCCUACCACCGGCCGGUCUAGACGAGGAACAACAGGAGCCACUCCAGUUUCUAGACAAGGUUCAAGUAAUGGCAGUAACGACCCGUUUGGCCAGGCGCCAUUCAGCCAGCCUCAACCCGUGGGCGCAGUCAGGAGUAAUCCUUUCCAGACUGCUGCCUUCUCAGGAUCAUCACAAGACCUGGACCUCCAACACUUUCAGGAGUUACAGGAAGGUUUUGCCAGCGGCCUGACCAUCGGCAACGAAGACCUCUCACUGGCCGAUCUGGACCCUCUGAAAAACCUAAGCACCUGUUGAUCAACAGAGGGCGCCCUUCACACCUAGCAACAAUCACAGGUGACCUGCCUUCAACAUCUUUCUUUCAUCAUGUCACCAGUUGAUGCAUGCUUUUCGUUCAUCCUGACACGAAACUCACCCUACAAGUGCAAAGGCAGCCAUAUUGUUUUGGUAUUUUUGGGAUGGGGGGGGGGGGGAAGGGUUAACUCUUUAGACCGUUUCACACUUAUCGUCGUGUAUACCUGUGUUAAAAUCAAGGCAGUUCCUCUGUUAGCAGAGCUAGAUGCGUUUAAAAAAAACACCAGUUUGUACACAGGUUGACCGUAACUUUUGGAUUAUCUACCUGGACAGAGCCUGUCAUCCCAGGGGCUGAUUUCAAGAAACUCGUCUUAUCUUGCGUUGCAUCUUAGGACUUAAGACGAGUCCCCGCUCUAAGAUGGAUCUUGGCUAAGACGCGUCCUAAGACCAAUUUCACUCAACCCAUCUUAAGCAAGACGCAUCAAACUACCAAUUUCAUGGCUGUUUUAUGUAUGUUUUUACCGCUUGACGAAACAGUUGUUGAAAAGAAACUCGCAAAGCCAACUUCCCACGCGCGUGCAGACUCUCACCAGAAUUAUUACUUUACUCAAUAAUUUCACACGCGAGAUGAGAUAGUGGCAUUCUUGCUCCCUGUUUCAUCACAAUAUUUUAAAAAGUCAAUGAGGUGUUGGCUCAUAAUUAAAUUUUGUUAAUAAGCUAUUAUUAAAACUACCCACGUAUCAGAAAUCUUUUCAAAACUGUUUUCUACAGCGGUUUUCUUCCUCGAAACUAUAACUUUAGGCCGACACUCGUCUUCAUUAACGGCAAUGAUUUCAAGACGAUAUACAAAUUAACUGAUGCAUUAAUGACAUAAGACGACCCUCAGACCGACCUUAAGCUAAGACGAGUUCAGCCGCAUUGCUAAGGAAGUUAAGACGUGUUGAAUGCGUCUUUAAGUUUGGUGAAAUCGAUCCUAGGACGAGUCGCGAGUAAAGACGAGUUACCCUUCCUAAGACGCGUCUUAUCGUUUCUUGAAAUCAGACCCUUGUCCUGGCCAGGGUUAGAUUUUACCCUAGUAAAUCACUGGCCCUGGGUACGAGCUGUGUUUGGAUUGUCGUUAGCGUGACAGGGAAACCUGAAAUCUCGGCCUUUGAUGCGGAUCCAACAGCAAUUUCCGAUAAUGUGAAUGGGACUUUUGAGUUUGGGAAUUAAUCAAUUUAAAUUUGAGAGUUUGGUGUAAUUCUUGUUAAUCAACAAUUUUGUAUGGAUAAUAUUGCAAAGUAAUUUUGGGAAAUUUGACUAUUUUUUCUGAACUUUAAAAGUCUUUAAUUUUGGAUGACAUUGAAGAAUUGAAUAUAGUGCAUUUGUACUAACUCAUUCAGGAACAUCAAUUAACUCAUUGUUAUGUUACUUGUUGACUUGUCAGAUAAACAAAUGCCAAAAAAAUGUAUUCUCUAUCAUUUUUAAAGAUGUCAGAAUAUAGCCUGCUCCCAGAAAACGAAGGUAAAGUUUGAAAAAUUUGACAGAAAAUAAAUUUCACAUAAACUUCUGGUUUGUCAAAUUGAAAUUAAAUAAAAAAAAAAUCAUAUUGGAAAAAGAAUAAUUCCCUUAUGCAUUUCAGUGCCUUUUGGGGAAACAUUUCACAACUUUGCACUUUUCUAGUUUUCUAGAACUUAAUACCAAAAACUUUUCAAACCGUUCUAUUUUCAAAAAAAUGUUGCCUUAUUCUGGUAUUUUUGCACGUCUCGCAAGGAAAAUGGUAAACAACAUCUCUGUUCUGCUAUUGUCUAAGUUAAAAUUAAAACUACUUGCAUUAUACUGUACAUAGUUGUAUUAUGACAAUAAAUGUUGUUACUUGA